GGGCAGCGGUCGUUGACGGCCUGUCGUAAACUGAAUCCUUCCUUUGGUUUUUCAUUGCUUGGCUGUGAGCUACGGCCCCUCGGUCCCCCGCGCGCUUUCCGGCCGCGGCGCUGAGAGGACCCGAGCGAGCGCGGACAGGGGCCCGCCCCCCUUCCCCGAGAUGCCCCCCAAGAAACCGCCGCCUGCGGCGGGGCCCAAUAAGAAGGCGGACCAGAAAAAGAAGGAGAAGAUCAUCGAGGACAAAACAUUUGGUCUAAAGAAUAAGAAAGGAGCAAAACAGCAGAAGUUUAUCAAGGCUGUGACUCAUCAAGUUAAAUUUGGUCAACAAAAUCCAAGACAGGCUGCUCAAGCUGAAGGUGACAAGAAAUUAAAGAAAGAUGAUAAGAAGAAAGAAUUACAGGAACUAAAUGAACUCUUCAAACCUGUAGUUGCUGCCCAGAAAAUUAGUAAAGGUGCAGAUCCCAAAUCAGUAGUUUGUGCUUUCUUCAAGCAAGGACAGUGCACUAAAGGAGAUAAGUGCAAGUUUUCUCAUGAUUUGUCUUUGGAGAGAAAGUGUGAAAAACGAAGUGUUUACAUUGACGCAAGAGAUGAAGAUCUUGAAAAAGAUACAAUGGAUAAUUGGGAUGAGAAAAAGCUGGAAGAGGUGGUGAACAAGAAGCAUGGUGAGGCGGAAAAGAAAAAACCCAAAACUCAAAUAGUCUGCAAGUAUUUUCUUGAUGCUAUUGAAAACAACAAAUAUGGCUGGUUUUGGGUUUGUCCUGGUGGAGGAGACAACUGUAUGUACCGCCAUGCUCUCCCUCCUGGCUUUGUACUAAAAAAAGACAAAAAGAAGGAGGAAAAGGAAGAUGAAGUUUCUUUAGAAGAUCUAAUAGAAAGAGAGCGUGCUGCCUUAGGACCAAACAUUACCAAAAUCACCCUAGAGUCUUUUCUUGCAUGGAAGAAAAGAAAAAGACAAGAAAAGAUUGACAAGGCUGAACAAGAUAUGGAACGGAGGAAAGCAGAUUUUAAAGCUGGCAAAGCACUGGUGAUCAGUGGACGUGAAGUAUUUGAGUUCCGUCCUGAGUUGGUUGACGCCGAUGAUGAAGAAGCAGAUGACACUAAUUACAUUCAAGGAUCAAGUGAAGAUGAGGUUGAAGAUCUUGUGAGGAUAAAUGAUGUAGACGUGAACCUGUAUGUCCCAAAGGAUGUAGAUGAGACUGGUAUUACUGUGGCUAGUCUUGAGCGAUUCAGCACAUACACUUCAGUGGAAAAAGAUGAUAACAAAUUAAGUGAAGCUUCAGGAGGUGGGAUAGAGAAUGGGGAGCAAAGUGAUUUAGAAGAAAACGAGGCAGAAGGAGAACAGGAAAAUGGAGUAAUAGAUGCAGUUCCUGUUGAUGAAAAUCUUUUUACUGGAGAGGACUUGGAUGAACUAGAAGAAGAAUUAAACACUCUUGAUUUAGAAGAAUGAACAAACAAAUCGAAUAAGAAAAUUGAAGUCUACCUUACAAAGUGAAAACUGACUACAUCAUUUUUUCGUCUAGAAUUCUUAAACAGGAUGUUUAUGGUUUCCCCAACUGAUUCUGGAGGGCACAUCAAAAAUCAGAAGUACUUUCCUUCAGUUUCCUUUACUCCACCCUUGACUACACCUCAUCGUAAGCUAUUCAGAGUAGUUAAUAAUUGAAUUGAGAGCUGUCAUCGCAGAAAAUGAGGUGUAAUUUUCAACUAAAAGUAGGAAGCAUAACUUGAGUUAAGUGGAUUUAUUACUACCAGGUGCAGUAUACAGUCAAAGUGAACAUUCUUUUCACCAGAACUGCAUUUUUUAAUAAGUAAUUUUGAGUUGAUUUAGAAACUGCCUAAAAUAUUUGAGCAAUGUACUCUAAAUGGAGCUGGUACAGAUUCAGAUGUUCAUGCUCCAGUAGGUAUUGAUAUGCUUUACUUCUUCAGCUGGAUGCUAAAGAUGUGGAUUCGUGAAUUGAUACAGCGUCAGCUAUGGUGCCCUCUGUUUAAAAUGUUUUAAACUUUCCCUCCACCUUUUGCCAACAAGGUUGUAAAUAAAGACUGUCAACUUUAAAAUCA